AUGGAGCACCUCGCGCGCGACCCGACUCCUCGAACUCGGGUGCACCACCUUAUGGCGGAAGGGAUAUCAUUCAAGGUCACGGUCGCUCUCCGUGCAAGAAGGGUGGAGAAGUGGAUCCGCGCCGUGAAGAGGGACUACCUCGACAACGCACCAAUCAAGUGUGUCGGCUUGGAUUGCGAGUUCACCAACCCUCGCGAGGGUGAUCAGCGCACCGCCGUCCUUCAACUCUCGGUGGCGUCUGAGAAUUUGGUAUUGCAGAUUUGUCAUGCUGAUGAAGUACCACAAGUUCUCAGGGAGUUCUUACAGGACAGGACCAUUAGAUCCUGCGGCGCGGCUAUCGGCAAGGAUGUGGAGAUGAUGAGUCCGUACGGUAUUUAUAUUACUUCCGCGUACGACUUCCAGAAAAUACUCCCGAAUCUCACAAGUAAUCACAUUUUGAGUCUAUAUGAUCUAGCGAAUUCUAUCAUUGGGACAAAUCUAGAGAAGAAGAAGAGGAAGAAGUACAAGAAGAAAGACACCGCGCAAGAAAAAGAAGAUGAACUCAUAUUUGGGUGGGCCAAUGUUCCAUUAAGCUACGAGCAAGUGCGCUAUGCCGCGAUGGACGCUCAUCUGGGCUUCGAGAUGGCUAGGAGUUAUUAG